UUUAAAGAAGAAGAAGAAGAAGAAGUUGUUCUUGCAACAGGAUGCUGUUAAAAUGAAUUCAUUUCUGCCUGCUGUAGCCGAACAACUUUUCCGAGAUAUUCAAAAAGCAUACCAGGAGACGUCCCAAAUUCCUGAUGAUCUGCUUAUUGCGUUGAAGUUUGUCUUCGGGCCUUGUGCGCUGCAGGCGUUGGACCUGGUUGACCAGCAUUCAGUCACCUGUGUGACAUCUCCAAGUGGACGUAAAGUGUUUCAGGUAAUAGGAGGCUCGGGGCGAUUGUACACCUGCUUCGUGUCCUGUCACUACUGCCCGUGCCCAGCCUUCGCCUACACAGUGCUCCGUAGGAAUGAAGGCCCGCUGUGCAAACACAUCCUGGCUGUGUACCUGUGUCAGGCCAUGGGUGUGACCCAGCAGGAGAGCGUGUCUGAUCAGCAGAUGUCGAUGCUGCUAAGUGGCAGUACAGCAAUGUGACAUCCUAGUCCUUUCAGUGCUGCAGGUGGACCAACAAAGCCUCAUGGACCCUUCUGAAUGAGAUACGAUGCUUUAAACGGACACUUUAGGUCACUGCAGAGAAGAUAAGGACACCGCAGCAUCGGCUCUUUCAUACGUCCCUCUGAAAUACGCCAGAUGUUGCUUUAUCUAUUUUAGCUUUUAGAAGAAUUCUUAAUCUGUUUCCAGGGCAGUGACAUCUGUUCCUUGAGCACGGGCGGCUUUAUUUUUAGGCUCCUUCAUCUGAAGCUGUGUCAGUUUGGGAAAUUUGGAGACUUUGCACACUUUGUAGAAACUUCUUCCACAAGUUUUCCCAUGUGUUAUGUGUAAAUGUGAAUUAUAUAUAAUAUUCUAUAUUGUAAAAAUAAAGACAGAUGUAUAACAAUA